CUGGCUGGCACUGCAUCAUCCCCACUCCGAGGUCGCGCUGCAACACGCUCCGCAUUGCUUCACGCGUUCAAUGCCCAAAAGCCUGCAGCUGCACCCGACUCUUCCUUCAUUGACCUUUCCCCCUGCCAUUCAUUCUUACUAGAUAUCCUCUCAACUCUCCUUUGUAACGUCUGAACAUUAAAUCCUUUCUCGUCCGGUUUGUCACUGCGUUCAAAGCUAGACAAGCAUCGCAUGGGCGCCGGUUGAAAAAGCACUCAACUCAUAAUCCAUCUCAAGGUGUUCUCGAUCGACCUGCUACGCGAGCUUGCAAACACCCCAACGAAACUUGAUUCCGAACACCACCGCCUCUCUCGGUCUACAUAAUCCUCUUACCUUGCAAGCGAUGAGAGAAUUCUAAAGUCCUUCUAACGACUCGCGUGGCUGGGACUUCCUUCCCUCCGUGGAAUCGCGUCCCAUCCCACAGCUUCGCCAUGGCGUCCUCACCAGUGGAGGGCGUCUCAAUACGGACGAUCAGACUUAAAGUCUUGUACACCUUUGAUGUCGAACAAAAAGAUAUCCACCUGGCGCGGUGGCCACAUCCCUUGGAAGUGCAGACUGCCUUUAUUGACGACGUCAAUCAAAUUGGCGUCGUCGACCUCCGGACGUGUUUGGAAGCUGUUACGACCGCGAGCCCAGAGCUUACGACGCAUCCCGAAAAUGACUACACGGUUUAUGCCUAUGACUACUCAGAGCCUGAUACACCAUUGGUUGGACAGGGAAUGCUGUCGAGGACACUUAGCAAUCAAGAGCAAGGUGCAGGCGGAGAUACUGAAGCUAUGGUGACAGGGAGGAUCACCAAGAAUGUGAUGGGCUUGUUCUCAAAGAACGCGCAGGAGUUACUCGAAGUAAAGCUUCGCCUUCGCCCGGUGAACACGUUUUCACACGGGAGGCAUCGCUCAGGAAGUGUCUGUUCUCAAGAUGGCCUUCGACCGCAAUGGGGUAACGGGGCUACGACACAACCCGUGGCUUCCUCAACAUCACCUGUAAAUGUGAUGGGUCUGGAAGCGAUGCAGAGGAUGUUAAGUCGAGACGCGUCGCAGGCUGCUGGACCGAUCAGCAGACCUGGAACACCAGACGCGUCGCAGACCUUCAAUGCGCCAGCGAGGCACGGUGGAAACAUGUCUCGUCCGAGUUCAAGAGCCGGAAUGGCGCAGACCUCUCACUCCAGGCGAGACUCUUUCAACUCUGGUUACUAUAGUGGCGACGAGGUUGUUGAGGAGGGCCCUUCAAGAAAGCGAGCAAAAAUCACCAAAGUUGACUGGCCUACUAAGUCAGACCUGAACAUCGAACGGCAGCCUGAAUCACUACGAGUGGCGGCCAGCAUUGCUUCCAGUGUGCGUCUCCACCGUCCGAUUGCCAUCAAUCCCGCCAGCGCCGCCCAAGGAGGCAUCUCGUCGGAGGAACCAGUCCGACCGCCGACCCCGAUACCCGCAACUAAGUCAGGCAAACCGCGUGGCCGGCCAGGUCGACCACGAAAGAAUCCUCCAAGCAACCUCGUGCGUGGAUCCCAGGUCAGAGAAUCUUCUCCCACCACAGAACCAGCACCGCAGCCUGAGCUUCUCAAUGUGCCAAUCGCUUCCCCCGAAGACACACGAGCGCGCAGUGUAUCUAGCACCCCCGCAAACAUACCGUCUUCGCCACCUGUCAUGCCUGAACAACAUAAUCCCAUGGCCACUAGUCCUGCUCUUCCUCCCAUGACGGGUCACGGGACUGAUUCGGGCUUUAUGAGUGGGAAUCUCGAGGAGCUUUUCGGUGACGACCAGACUCUGCAUUUCGACGAUUUCAUAAUUGAUAGACACGGAGACGAGGGAGCAAACCAAGACCAAAAUAAUAAGACGGCUGAUAUCAGCCCGCCAGUCUUCCAAGAUUGUCCAGAGAACGGAGGUCAAUUAACGGAUCAGCAAAAGCCUCGGAUGGUUCCACCUCCCCUUCCCGCCGCUUCACGGCCUCCAGCAAGAGCACAAUCACACGCCCCAGCGCUCCGACCCAGCAUGUCAUCCCCUAGGCUGGCACCAGCGCCCAUUCCAAGAGCGCGCCAGAUCAUGGAAGAACAACGAGACCAGCAGCGCAUGAAAGCACUAGCCCCGGCGCCAGUACCAAAGAGCGACCCGCCAUCAAGAACCUUCCAACGCUCGCAGACAUGGGCACCCGAUAGUGACGCACUCAUGUCCGAUGCACCUACAGCGGAGGAAGCCCGAGCCAAAGCGGCAUCUAGAAAGAAGGUGGGCAAAGAGCAGACAAAGGCCAGGUUAGAGGCUGCAAUUGCCAAUGGAGAGAUGCCACCAUUCUGUGACAAUUGUGGAUCGAUCGAAACCCCAGCUUGGAGACGUGCCUACGCUAAGACCUUCCAUUGCGCAUGGGACGAGGUGGAAACGUCUCUAGACCAGGGCGAAUGCUGUUACAAGGAGAUCCUUGAGCAUAACUCCGAUGGGAGCGUGAAAAAGUUUCGAGGGUACAAAGUGGAGAGGAGGGCGGGAGAUGAGCAGGAUGAGUGGGUGUCCAUCACGUUGUGCAAUCCUUGCGGGCUAUGGUUCCAUAAGCAAAAAUGCCCUCGACCGCCGGAAAAGUGGCAGAAGAAGGAUCCCAACCAGAAGGGCAAGCGCAAAAGAAACAACAACUCAACCAAAGCUCCGAAAAAGGCGAAUGAAAACACGAACUUGAAGAGUGAUGCCCAGACUCCCGCUAGUGACGACUCUUCACCGGCCGAUACUGCCACCGAAGCCCUCGAUGCUGAUGACAACGAAAACGAGGCAAUGAACAACGAAGAUCUCGUGGCUGAUGAUGCUGAACCACAACUGCCUCGGAUGCCACAUACGUUCAGGGCUAGUAGUGCCGACCCUGGGCCAAGGGGAUUGCAGACAAGCUUUCGCCAUCGAGCUCCCGGCAGACAGAUACAAUCAAGUCCUGGACAAGCACAGGGUUCGGAAGGUGUGCCCAUUGAGAUCGAUCUUACCCCAAAACCAGUACGAAGGCAACUUUUCCCAUCUCCAGAGAAACUACAGGUUCGAUCUGACCCGGGUCCGGUCGCACUGACCUCCAAAUCCGCCACCAACCUCCCGGCAUGUGUUCGGCGAAGUCCAAGACUCAAUAAGACGAGGGACGCUUUCGCGUUACCCGCAGGCGCCGUUGAAGUAGUUGUGGAUGGGAAGGAGAAUGUUGCUCCGGUGGCAGCACCAGCAGUCAUUGACAACGACCUGGCUGAUCUCUUUGAAGAAGGGCCUGCUGAGGUGGAACUUCCUCCUAUGACACCGACUCCAAAGAGACGGUCAGAACGCCUGUUGCUCAAGACGCCUUCAAAGACCCCUCAACGACAAUUCGGUGCUGCUUUGUCGCCGAAUCAUGAAUCACAUUCCACCUUCCGCACUCCAAAGGCAAAAUCAUCAGCACAUCCGGCACUGGCCGCAUUGCUAGGCACUGCACACAAAAGCGUGGUGGAGAUGACGCCAUUCACCCGAUCAAUCCACGAUGCCUUGACCAGCGACCUUCCGCUACCAAUGGAUUUGCCCGAGGAAGAGAAGGAGCUGUUACGCAGAUCGUCGAAGAAAAACUCGCCGAAUAAGGCUCUCAAUUUCGACUUUCCCGACCUACCGUCUCUAAAGAACUCUUCUCCGAUUUCGCAUGACCAAUUGCUCAACUUCAGCUUCUCUGAACUGACUACCGACCCUUUGAACAGCGAUUGCCCAGAUCCUUUCGCGACCCAGGGCACGAUGCCGAGUUCACCGCCUCCAGGUCUUUUCAAUUUCCUGGAUACCAAUGAGCACGCUUUGUGGGACGAGAUCAUUGCAGCGGAUGCGAAUCCUCAUGAUGGGCAUUCCACUUAUCCAGAUCCAGACACUGCCGCGGGAGCAAAGAUGUCUCAUCCUCGGCGAAGAAGUCCGCGGAAACAGCACAAUGACUGAGCUGGCGGAGGAUGUCCAUCCAACGGACAUAUGUUUUGGAUUAUAUGUGUUUUACUUGAGUGGUGUACUUCUCAGCGGAAGAGAUCCUUCACAGCAUCGUGGUUUUUCACGUGGAUAAUGAUAAAAACAUCAGUGUGCCAGCCUAUAUGGCCGAGCUAAGAAAUUAAUGCAAAACCAAACAUCCUUUUGUGAAGUUGCUCUAUCUUGCAUACACCUCUUGCGUAAAAUGCCCAAGUUUUGAACCGACGUUAAGUGUUCAUUUUUGCGGAGGGUGAGCCCGUUGCCAUCCCGCAAUACACUGUCUUCCAUAGGUAGCCAUCUGCAAGAAAUCAUGGGCUUUUCUUGAUUGUUCAACA